AUGCAGGCCAUCAAAUGCGUCGUCGUGGGUGACGGAGCUGUCGGUAAGACCUGCCUCCUUAUCUCCUACACCACAAAUGCCUUCCCCGGCGAAUACAUUCCUACCGUAUUUGACAACUAUUCUGCCAACGUGAUGGUGGACAGCAGGCCGAUUAACCUUGGCCUCUGGGAUACUGCGGGACAGGAAGACUACGAUCGCUUGAGGCCGCUUUCCUACCCACAGACUGACGUAUUUCUCGUGUGCUUCUCGCUGGUGAACCCGGCUUCCUUUGAAAAUGUCCGCGCUAAAUGGUAUCCCGAAGUUGUGCACCACUGUCCGAACACGCCGAUUAUUUUGGUCGGGACCAAGGCUGAUUUGAGGGAAGACCGUGACACAGUUGAGCGACUCCGAGAACGGAGGCUUCAGCCCAUCUCCCAAGUCCAGGGACAGUUGAUGGCGAAAGACAUCAAAGCGGUGCGCUACCUCGAAUGCUCCGCGUUGACGCAGCGAGGGCUCAAACAGGUGUUCGACGAGGCCAUUCGCGCUGUCCUCUGCCCGCCGCCGAAAAAGCCGAAGAAAAAGUGCCUGAUCCUG